GGGCCCUGGGGCUCUUCGGUCUGGAGAAGAGGAGGCUGAGGGGAGACCUCACCACUCCGCAGCUCCUGGAAAGGAGGGUGUGGGGAGGGGGGUGCUGGGCUCCCAAGUAACAGGAUGAGAGGAAAUGGCCUCAGGUUGCUCCAGGGAAGGUUUAGGUUGGAUAUUAGAAAAUACUUCUUUUCCAAAAGGGUUGUCAAGCAUAGGCAAAGGCUGCCCAGGGCACUGGUGGAGUCACCAUCCCUGGAGGUGUUGAAAAGAUGUGUAGACAUGGUAUUUAGUGACAUGGUUUAGUGGUUGACUUGAUGGUGUGAGGUUUACAGUUGGACUUGAUGAUCUUAAGAUCUUUUCCAACCUGAACAAUUCUGUGAUGGUUUUGAAGCGAUGCCUUUGUUUGGCAGCCACUGAUGGCUAGAUGAAAAUUCUAGGGGAACCGAUGUACCUGGUAGCCAGACAUAAUCCAAGGACCUGAUCUGUUCUGUUGCAGCUCUUCAAGUAAGACUUGGGGAUUGCAGGGCUAGAAAGGAGUUUCUGGUUUCUAAUUUUAGUAUCAUUUGGCCACAGGUAUUUAAGUUCCGAGAUAUCAAAAUAUAAGGCUAACCGUGGCUAAUGAUAUCAUCAUGACAAUGAUGAUGGAUAAAUUCUCCAUUUAAAUCUUUUCAAAUGGUCUUCAGUAUGUCUUGGCUGAAAAUAUUCUCUCAGUUUUCCAUCCUGGCUCAGAUCUUCAGUGCUUGUCUUGGUAAUUUGGAUGAGAGGCCCUUGAGGUUUGUGCAGCAGAGGUCUGGAACGUGCCCUGCAGUAACGCUGCCAUAUCGCUGCAGCCUCUGAAGGAAAAAGGUAAAUCGGCAGCAGAAUGUGGGAUCUGCCAAGAUUAGUCUCGCGUUAUGUCCUAACACAAAGCAAAUUUCAUUAACAUUCCUUAGACGAAAAGUCACUUUGCAAUGCUUCGGUUUGGGGCUGAAAAGCUGCAGGGAGUUGCUGCUUUGUUAUCUUUAAAGCAAGAAAGUACAUGCAACUUGACAGCUUUAGAAAGUUAAUGUUUAAAAGGCCUAUUGGUGCCUUUUCAAAGACUUAAGUUUCAAUCAGAUUAUUUUUUAGUUUUAUUUAUUAAGCAGUGCUUGGUAAAUUAAUGCCCCUCACAGCAGGCAGCGUCACGUAGAGCUUGAAAACAUUUAUCUUGGUUCAAAUUUUUUAAAAAGUAUCUAGAUUUAACUUAGAUAUGAAUUUUGCCCUCCUACUUCCAAAUUAAUAGUAACUACAUUUACGGCUUGUUUUGUUACGCUACCUAAGGUCAUUAAUGCUGCAUCCAUUAACGAUGUGUCCUUUUAUUCCUACAAACAGAAUUUAUUCAGUGGUGCCCGUGCUGUUGAGUAACAGCAGCUCGCUAAGCAGUUUUGUUGGUCCUGGAACAGAAGCCUGGCUGCAGGUGUGGAGCGUUCCGAAAGGCAGGCGGAUGCGAGGUCAGGGACUGAAAAGCUACUUGAAAUAGGUCUGAUAGUCUGAAAGUGAAACUGCUGGAUGAGGAUAGAGAAAGACGGGCAGAAGGUAGGAGGGUUCUACUCACGUGUGAGAACACUGCUUGGCUGUACCUCCCCCAUCCAUCAAAUCGAUGAUGCUUCCUAAAGGAAGCCCCUUUUCUGUCUCUCGCCACUGGCUGGUACCGAGGCAGCGAGCACACUCCCUCUCCAGAGCUCUCCUGUGAGCCCUCAGACUCCUGUCCUGUGGGGUUUGUAGUUCAUUAAACUGUCAGAUUAGACGUCCAAAGUUUGCAAAUCACAGACAGCGUAUUAUACAUGGCGGGGCUUAGGAUUUAUGAUCUGUUUUCCUCCAACUUGGGGUUUAAGAAUCCUGAUAAUGAACAGCUGAUUGUCUGUUUAAAAACUGGGUUCGUGUGUGCCGAGAUGCUUUCAGCUGUUUGUGGUUGAGUUUACCAGCCCUCAUUAGCUGCCAGCUGUGAAAAAUCACUCACCUUAAUGUACAUUGUUUUAAAGCCUAGAAAAUAUUCAUGAAAAGCAGCUGGAAUCCUCGGCUUGUCUGAUUUUUGCUAACUCCUCCUUACACCCCGCCCUUUGCCAGGAUCUGUGGGGCACAGCUCUCAGGUGAGGAUGAGAUAACAGAUCACAUCCAAACUACCAGAGACAGCACCUGGGAACAGGUCAAAGCUGCUGGGAGAAACCCAAGGUGAGCAGAUCUUUCUGGACUCUUUUUUUCUGUUUUGUCCUGCAGACAGGAUGUAUUUAUUGUUUAUAAUGUAUCUUAGCAUCUUGCCCUACUUUAUGAUUUACAAGGCUGGGGUCUGAAGUGCAUUAAAAGUCAUCUAAGGACUCCUUUUAAUUGCAGUGAGCUGUGAGUGAAGCCCUUGAACUCUGCCAGGUCAACCUUCACUGAAUGCACUCUUCCAAGUGUUUUUUAUUGAAAUGUAAGCGAUUUUUGACUCUGCAGCUGAGCUGUGUUAAUAAUUUAUUCAUUCAGCGGCGCUACAGAAAAAGCUUAGGGAAGAAGGCCAAGAUGUGCAAGCUGCUAGAGAGUUUUUUAUCUUGAACGGUGCUUAAAGUCAAGUAGGGUGUACAUUUUUGUUUCUUGCUUGAGCACCAUUGUGUUUCAGCUCCCCUGCAGGAUAAGCGAUAGUAGUUCACUCUGCUGAAUUCCUGUGAAGGCGCUUCUUUCUCACACAGUACCUCCGUGUGGGUGUUUAUAACUGACCUGGCCCAGCAGAACCAGCCCCUUGGCAGGGCUGUGCUUUAGCUCAUUUUUGAAGUGAAACCCGUAAACAGACGGAUGAAGGAAACAGGAAUUUCACUUUUGUGCCUGUGUAUUAAACAGAACUGUACAAUUCAGAGAGGAAUUUAAUGGUUCACCUUGAAGCUCAGGCCUUCCUGCAGCUGUCUCGCCAUUGUGAGGAGGUGUGAGGCGUAUGUAACGCUUUGGGGGCUUUCAGAGUUACACACGAGCACCUCUAAGACAGUGACAUUGUGGAGAAAGUCUUGAGCGGUUUCACCAUCAAUAGAGGGAAGAGAUGGGCACAGCAUGAUGGGAUCCUAAAGAGAGAGAAAUUUUACUGGAGCACACAGCAGGUCUGUAAUUUCCAUAUUUUCUGAGUCUCUGCGCUAUUCAGGUGAUGGACUGCACUGCUUCCAGACAUUGUGGUUUUGCUGGGUCUAGUCUCCUCCUCUCUUUCCCAAAACCCGAGGUGCCCCUGGAGCCCGCAGGACGAGCUGGCAUGUUCUGCAGAAGCCCCUCAGCCUGGCUCCUCCCUCCUUUUUAUCUUUAAAACAGCGCUCAAUGCCCGAGCAUCCAGUGUUCCAGCAGUUUCAUCGUGCCUGUCCGUCGUGUCGCUCCUGCUGGCAUCCCAUCAGGCGGACGGAACUAGGAAGCGAAAGGAAUUGCUCAGGAGGUUUCCUUUAGGCAGUAGAUAUCUCUGCUCCAAUGGACAGAGGUCUUCACUUCACGUUCUGCGUGAUCACAACCAUUCUGCUCCUGAGAGAAUCAAGCCAGAAAGGUGAGUAAAAUCAUGCAGAAGUGCUGGCUGUGUCCAGAUCUGGUUUUGUUCUUCUUUUUACGCUGUUAAUUCUUUCCUUCUUUAAAUGAAUGCUUAUAGGAUUUUGCCUUAAUCUAAAAAUUUGCUUUCAAAUUGGUUAUGAAGACAUCACCAGGGACUAUCUUCUUGUUACAGCUUGUGGUGGUGACUUCAUCAGGUUAUGAGUGCUGUUACGAAGUGACUUCGCUGCAGUAGCUGUAAAAUAAAGAGAAAAGGGAAGAUGAAAAAGCCUAGAAAAAGGGUGGUUGGUAUCCUUGGACACAACUGAUAUGGUUAAAGCUGCACUUAUUUGAGUCUUUGGUUCUUCACAAGCAGUUAAGCAGAGAGCCAUCUGCCGUUAGAAGGCUGGGGAUGCUCUGACAGGAGGGGUAAGGACAAGGCCGAUUUUUUUGCAUCCACAGUCGUUUCCUGCAGCCACCGGCUUUGAGGAACAAGAGUGAAGGGAUGAGCCUCUUCUUUGUCUUGUGUUCUUCUAGACUCUCACAAAGGAUUCUCACUUGGCUUCUGAGAAGUGUCCCUGCCAUGAGCUUUGAGCUAGUGCUGCAACUCGAUUACUUAUGGUCCUUUCAGGGUUCCUGUUACACAAUGGGGUUUUGAACAGCUGCAUCCAGUGCCGCUGUGGGGGAGCUGAAGCCCUCGGUACAGGCUGUUUUCUUCCAAAAAACCCUACCAAGUAUUCAAAAAGAAGCAUCAAAAAGCUUUUACUGGCUUUAAUGAGUUUCUAAAGGGAGACAAGAGAACUCCUUUGUGAGGAUUUCCAGCUCCCAUGGAGAACUGUAGUGGAGAGGGGAAAAAGCAGGUUUUGUCUUACUGUAAUGUAGAGUUCAGCCCAAGGCCAGAAAAUGCAAAACCAAAGAAUGAAUAAUACAUAAUGAAUGAUUAUGUGUUAUAUUUAAUGAAAAACUCACAGCUUUUGCUUCAAAGAGUGAAAACACACCAAAAUUUUUGUUUAUCAUGAGGGAUUUUUGGCAUUUGCACUGUGAAUUUGCUGAUCCCAACGUGCGAUGCAGAGCCUAUUCUACAAAAAACAUCCUGGGCAAUUAAUGACACAAUUGUGGGUUUAAUUCUGCAUCUUGAUCAUUGUAGUUUAGCUUCUUGCAGCCUGAACCUGGCUGUGCCUGUUCUGCCUCUGGUUGCUUCACACUAACCUGUGCUGUGAACGAGGAACAAAGGUGACAGCACUGCUGCGAGUCACUGCACGAUGAGCCGGGAGUCAGGGAGACCCAUCCCGUCUGUUUGAGUGCUAUGUGAAAUGAGGGCGUGAAACGUCCCUUCUAAGGAGCGGUAAAUGUAAGCCCUGCAAGAAGCUGAUCUCGUUAUUGUAUUUUUUCCAGGAACGACAAGGAACGAUGAUGCUGUGAGUAAGGUACGUUUGAGUUGAUGGGUGCAGAGCUACCCGUCUUCUCUCACUCUGUCUAGAAACAUCACUGUGUCAUUGGAGAAUAAAAGGGUCCGUUUAAGACCAGGAAAUCUGACAGAAUCGUACUGCUUCAUUGACCAAAGCUUGGAUUGGUGCAAAGCAGUGCUGAGCAGAAGCCUUCUCGAGCUUGGAAGCUGUAUUCUGGAAUUCAGCGUUCUGUGCAGAAGUGAAUCCAAGUUCCUCUCCUCCUCUCAGGUUUCCUGCUGUUCUGUCUCUCCUGGAAUUGCUCUCCAGUGAGAGCUUAAUUGGCUGCCAACCAUUUUGUCUGCAGCAUGAACUGGUCUCUUUGGAAGACCGUGUGCACCGUGUGUCUGCAGAGCGGUGACCCCCCAGGGUACGGUGUCAACCCUGGCUAAGCGAGGCCUCGUCAGGGACUUUGAAAUCCAGUUUUUAUUGCUUCACCUUUUGAUUUGCAGGGCGCUGAUUCCAGGGCACCAGCAGAGGGUCUUCCAACGCUGACUGUCACAACAAUCCUGGAAGAUCCGUAUGUGAUGGUGAGAAGUGCGGAACUGGAAGGAUACUGCAUUGACUUGCUGAAGGCGCUUGCUGCGAUGCUGCACUUCAGUUACAAGGUGAAAGUGGUGGGCGACGGGCAGUACGGUGCCGUCUCUUCCAGCGGGAACUGGACGGGGAUGAUUGGUGAAAUUCUGAGACAGGAAGCAGACAUUGCAGUGGCUCCACUGACAGUCACGUCAGCGAGGGAAGAGGUGGUCUCCUUCACCACGCCGUUCCUGCAGACUGGGAUUGGGAUCUUGCUUCGAAAAGACUCCACCUCUCAGGACAUGUCUUUCUUCCAUUUCCUGGCUCCUUUCAGUAAGGAGACCUGGACUGGCCUUUUAUUUGCUUACGUGCUGACGUGCUUCUGCCUCUUUCUUGUUGCCAGACUGAGCCCCUGCGAAUGGAAUGAGCCAAAGAACGAAGAGAACCACUUCACCUUCUUAAACAGCCUCUGGUUUGGAGCAGGAGCGCUCGCCCUGCAAGGUGUCACCCCUCGGCCCAAGGCGCUCUCUGUGCGGGUCAUCGCUGCUGUCUGGUGGCUGUUCACCAUAGCCCUGCUGGCUGCCUACAUUGCCAACUUCACCGCUCUGCUGAGCUCUGGCAGCGAGGAGCUCCCAAUCCAGACGUUUGAAGAUCUUGUGAAGCAAAGAAAGCUUGAGUUUGGGACGCUGGACGGCUCCUCUACUUUCUACUACUUCAAGAACUCCAAGAAUCCCAUCCAUCAGAUGAUCUAUGAGUACAUGGACAAGAGACGAGACCACGUUUUGGUCAAAACCUACCAGGAAGCAGUUCAGCGUGUGAUGGAAUCAAACUACGCCUUCAUUGGUGAAUCGAUCUCCCAGGACCUGGCUGCUGCCAGGCACUGCAAUCUGAUCCGGGCCCCUGAGGUUAUUGGAGCCAGAGGAUUCGGCAUUGCCACCACCCAGACAUCCCCGUGGACAAAGCAGCUCUCCAUCGCUGUCCUCAAGCUGCGCGAGUCGGGUGAUCUCGACUACCUGCGGAACAAGUGGUGGGAGAGCAGCUGCCUUCACAAAACCCGCGACCGAUGGAGUCCUCUGCAGCCCCAGGCGCUGGGGGGGCUCUUCCUCACCCUCGCCAUCGGCCUGGCCCUGGGCGUGAUCGCCGCUGUGGUGGAGCUCUCAAACAAGAGCAGACGCGCUGCCGGACAAGUAAAGAAAUCUUGCUGCUCCAUUUUCAUAGAAGAAAUGUGCGCUCGUCUACGUAUAAAAGAAAAUACAAGACAAAGCCAGGAGACUUCAGGGAGACCCAAUGCUUAAGUAUUUUUUUGGCUGAAGGAAUGGGCAUGUAUUAGGUUUACAUAUGUUUUGUAGGGACUACAUCACUGUAGAAAGAAGCCUUUCUGCAAGUCUAGAGUGUUAGUUUUCUAAUUACAAACACACAGAGAGCAAUUCUGGAGUGGUGGCGGAGCUGGAAGAAAAUGAAGUGGCUUGGAAUAAUGUAAACUGAUAAGGGGUAGAGUAUACCUGUUAAAACAAGGGAGGUUAACGACUUGGUGAAAUGAAGCUGAGGUGGUGGAUCCAUGUUUAGUUUAGAUGUUUCCUAUGUAAGUGCAUGAAUGGCUGUAGGAGUAAGUGACUUGGGACAGGUUAAUAUGAAGCUUCUGUGUACUAAUUACAGUAUGAGGUACAGUUGUGAAAAUUAAAGCUUUUAUCUGGCUGUUCUAAUCAAGAACUGCUCCUUGAACUGCUCCUUAAACAUGUUGGUUACAAAGAGACCGUAUUCUUCCCCUCUUCCAAGCAGAAGAUGCUGGUCACUGUGAAGGUUGUUUCUGAAUCAGAAACGACCACACUGCUGCAUAAACCCCAAAAUGCAGGACUUAACGAUGUCCUCUGGCCUAAAACCAAGAAAGGAGACAAUGCAGCUAAGGAACUACUAGACUUAAGAUGUGUAAGAUAUGGACUUGUCCUCUGUCAGCUUCCCAUCACGGGAUAAGUUUAGCUGCUCAGCUACAAAGGGCAUUUUGUCCUAGUUAACUAGAUGGGGAAUUGUUUAGGAAGAAGAUUUAUAAUGAAAUCCUACUGUACUGGUACUUGAGGUUUGGCCAGCAGGCCAUGAAAAGGAAGUCCGAGUUCACCAAGCCAAACGGUGAGACAGUGAGUGAUGGGAAUUCCACAUUGUCUGCUUGCUCUCAAAGAAGAGUCUUUGAAAUUCAUGGGGAACAAUUAUCGCAGCUGCAUAUUGAGUUCUCUCAUUAAGCUGUUUUCAGAGUUGGAAAAACUGACGCGUGCACGUACUAGUUUGGAAAUGCAGAGUUCAAUCACUCCACUGUUGUACUGCACAUCUGAUGGAGGGGGAAAAAGCAAAUUCAGUUCCUUGGAAAUGGCUUUAACUGCGCUGCACGAACAAAGAGAUAAAUUCUUAUCAGUCGCAGCAUUACAUAUUACUGAAGGCAACAGAAACUAAGGUGCCUGCAACAGGAAAACAGCUGGUGUUCCUGAACAGAGCACUACAGGCUCACUUUGAGGGCAACUUAGGGAGACUCGGUUUCCAGCUACCACCAAGUCCUUGAGUACAGUUGCAGAAUUCCCUUCUCACCCAGUUGCUAACCAGAAAGAAAAGUGAAAGCAAUAGAGUUAGGAGUUCUUCCAGGUGCUGGUAACCUAGUGCUGUUCAGUUAUCUGCUCGGCCCUCUCUGCUCGCGACAGUUCUAGUUGAAGCACGGCUUAGAUAGUGUUUGUUAGGUCAGAGGGUGGGUCAGUCCUGCAACCAGACUAACUGCAAAGAGCAUGAAACAGUUUAGGGAAGUUGAAAAGCUGAUAUGGAAGAUGCAAUGUCAGAUUCACUCAGCACUUUAAAAACUAUUUGGUACGUGCCACGUCACUGCUGGCAGAGU